AUGAAGGCACCAUCGCCUGCCUGUCUCCAUAUACUUCGCCGCCUCGCAUAUCCAGGAACCAGAUAUGCGCCCACCAUCUCGCAGCGAUGCUAUGCCUCCUCGCCCAAUCCACCACCACCCCCGAAGAAAGCACCAUCUCCUCCACCAGUAGCUCGCCAACCGACCCAGCCUGGCUUCCGCCUCCGCCAGAAAUCUGACGAUGACGAAGACCACACUCCAACACCCCUCUCCCGACCUAUCGGCAUGCCUAAUCCCCCAAGACCAGGCGAGAACACCGGCCUCGACCACCGCUCCCUCAAAACCCGCCGCGACGACUUUGUAGACUACGACAAGCACCUCGAGAAGCGCGCAAAGAUGACGAAGCAGAUCUCGAAACCUUACUUUCGCGAUUGGAGCAAUUUGCGGUUCCACAAGGGCAAAGUGUUCGUUGCGCCGGAACGGCUGUUUAGGGCGGAGACGGCGCUGUGGUUUCCGAAUUUCUUCGGAAGGACGUUGAGGAAGGGGCUGGAGAAGAGGGAUCGGAAGGAUGGGUACGGAGGGUUGGGGAGAGGUACGACUGAGGCGAUGAAGGGGAGGGUAAGCGUGGUUAGUUUGGUUACCAACGCGUGGGCUGUCAAUCAGGUGCGGACGUUUGUUGGACAGGAAGAGAAUGCUGCGCUGGAGGAGGUUUUGACGGCGAACGAGGACGUGGCUCAGAGCGUGGAGAUCAACUACGAAAACAAUGUGUUGAAGUACUGGAUUUUGAGGUUGUUCGGGAUGGGAAGUCUGCGGAGGGAGAGGAGUCCUGAGCAGCAGGGACGGUACUUCGUUGUCAGGCGAGGUUUCAGCGAUGUGCUGAAAGAGGCGCUCGGCGUUGUAAAUGAGAAGGCUGGAUACGUCUACCUGGUAGACCCGGAGCUGAGGAUCAGGUGGGCCGGCAGCGCAAUCGCGGAAGAGCACGAGAAGGAGAGCUUAGUAAGAGGCGUCCGAAAGUUGGUGCAGGAGGCCAGAGGACAACGACCGACGAAGAAGGAGAAGCUGGAGCACGCAGUCGCAGACGUGGUAGAAGAAGAGCCGGCGCAGAAGGCCGCUGCUGCCGCAUGA